AUGAGGGCAUCUCGAACUUCUUCACUGCAUUGGGUGACAAUGCAUCUCUCUUUUUGUCUUCUUAUCUUCGCAAGUCUCUUCGGAGCAACAGUCCAAAAAUGUUGUCCAUAUCCACUUUAUGAUAAGUUUGUGUACAGACAGACAAACCUCGUUGCUGAAGUGACUGGGUGGAACGGUUGUGAUCAGAGUGUUUUUAUCGAAUGCCGCGGUCGUGAUUGGGAUGCUCAGGAAGCCACAUUAAUCGGAAAUGUUACGACUAGAGCAACUUGGAUUGAAAACAGGAGAUUCGUUGCUGAAGGAGUUAAAACCGAAGUGGUGUGCGAUACAAGUCUCGGACUCUGGAACUACAAGAAUGAACAACAAAAAUAUGAAAACUUCUUUUGCUUGUGGAGAACUAUUUCUAACAAGUUCGACGCGUAUCCACGAGAUGUUAAUGGGGUUUCUCAUGGAUAA